UCCAUCGGGAAGGGGCUGUUGCUUCCCGGUUCUGUGCCUGCCGGAGCCGGGGCCGGGCUAGAAGAAGCGAGCGGAAGCCAUCAAGGUAGAGGAGAGGAAGAAGAAGAAGAAGAAGCAGCAGAAGGGCCGAAGGGCUGGGGCGAAGCAGCCAUUAGGAAAGUGCUGAUGCAGAGGUUCCCUCGUGUCUACGGGCAGAGUUGGAGGAGUUGCUGUUCGCGGACAAAGGCAGCAGGAGGGAGUGGAGCUUUGUAGAAGCCGGAGCCUGUCUCACUGGGUGUCUGUGUUUCAUUCCCUGUCAAAAGCCUGGGAGCUGGGGGGGAAAAAGCAGGGAAGCGGCGAGCUGCAGCGCUCGCUCAGGAUCAGAUAGCAAGGAAACCAAUAGCGGCGAGAAAAAAAAAAAAAAAAAAAAAAAAAAAAAAAGGAGAAAACCAACCCACAUCAACCAACCAACCCACCCACCCCUCCACGCUGAGGCUGGAACAGGCAGGUCCCUGCCAACUCCACAGCACGCAGCAAGCAGGGAAGAAGGGAAGAAGUCCACCCUCCCCGGGCAGGAGCGGAGUUGAGCCCGAAGGAUAUUUGAUGACACUUUGGCAACGAUGGGUCCCCCAGCAUCUUCCAGAGCCCAUUUGAGGGUGAAGGCUCCGAAAGCACAGAGGGAGUUUGAAGCUAAAUUCACCUGAGUCUGGAUCUCUUGGUCGCUGGGAUUUAUCUGUUUUUCUUUUUUUUCUCCACGGGGAAACCGAACCAAGAAAAAAAGCGAGUUUGCUUUUUUUUUUUUUUUUUCCUUUUUGUUUAAUUUUUUUUAAUCUCCCUCUUUAUUUUUUUUAAAUUUUUUUUUUUUUUUUUGAAGAAGAUUUUUUUUUCCCCCUGUGGUUGGAAUGGAGGGGUUGGGUCUGUGCCUAAGAAGCAGCAGCCGAACGUCGGUCCUGGGAGGAACCCGAGUGGAUGUGGGGUCCCCUGCCAGCUAACUCUCCAGGAGCUGCAGCCCCACGGCCGGAGGGACUGGAUGCGGUGAGAGAGCCUCUCACGGGAUCCACGUGGUGACGUGGCAGCCAAGACGUGGAAGUUUGGGACUUCUCUUCCACCGCAGCAGAAUUUGGGGGGUGGGCAGGGGUGGGUCAGGGGGACACUGGGAGUCGCAAGACCCUUCACCUUCACUGUGGGCUUGGCUCAGGGAUGACAACGGGCAGAGUCAACCCUUACAGCAUCGUGUCCUCCGAGGAAGACGGGCUGAGGUUGACCACCAUGCCAGGUAUCAACGGCUUUGGCAAUGGGAAAAUCCACACCAGGAGGAAAUGCAGGAACAGGUUUGUAAAGAAGAACGGUCAGUGCAACGUGGAGUUCACCAACAUGGAUGACAAGCCACAGAGGUACAUUGCAGACAUGUUCACCACGUGCGUUGACAUUCGCUGGAGGUAUAUGCUCUUGCUCUUUUCCCUGGCAUUUCUGGUGUCCUGGUUAUUGUUUGGGCUGAUUUUCUGGCUAAUUGCACUCAUUCACGGAGACCUAGAAAACCCGGGUGGAGAUGAUACUUUCAAGCCUUGCGUUCUGCAGGUCAAUGGCUUUGUGGCUGCUUUUCUGUUCUCCAUCGAGACCCAAACGACUAUUGGGUACGGCUUCCGCUGCGUGACCGAGGAGUGUCCGCUGGCCGUCUUCAUGGUGGUGGUUCAGUCCAUCGUGGGCUGCAUAAUCGACUCUUUCAUGAUUGGUGCAAUAAUGGCAAAAAUGGCCAGGCCCAAAAAAAGGGCCCAGACAUUACUUUUCAGCCAUAACGCAGUAGUGGCGAUGAGAGAUGGAAAACUCUGCCUGAUGUGGAGAGUUGGGAACCUACGGAAAAGCCACAUAGUAGAAGCCCACGUACGAGCUCAGCUCAUUAAGCCCAGGAUCACAGAGGAAGGGGAGUACAUCCCGCUCGACCAAAUAGACAUUGACGUGGGGUUUGAUAAAGGCUUGGACCGUAUUUUCUUGGUGUCUCCCAUCACCAUUCUCCACGAGAUCAACGAAGACAGCCCCUUGUUCGGGAUCAGCCGCCAGGACUUGGAGACAGAUGACUUUGAGAUCGUCGUCAUCCUGGAGGGCAUGGUAGAGGCCACAGCCAUGACGACGCAAGCUCGGAGCUCCUACCUGGCCAGUGAGAUACUGUGGGGCCACCGCUUCGAGCCCGUCUUGUUCGAGGAGAAAAACCAGUACAAAGUAGACUAUUCCCACUUCCACAAAACCUACGAGGUCCCGUCCACGCCCCGUUGCAGCGCCAAGGACUUGGUGGAGAACAAAUUCCUGCUGCCCAGCACCAACUCCUUCUGCUACGAGAACGAGCUGGCCUUCAUGAGCCGCGACGAGGAAGAGGAAGACGAUGACAGUCGGGGUCUGGAGGACCUCAGCCCGGACAACAGGCACGAGUUCGACAGGCUUCAAGCCACAAUAGCGUUGGAUCAGCGGUCGUACAGGAGGGAGUCAGAAAUAUGACUCUUGGUCCUUCCGUUGACUUUUCCAAGGGUAUUUUUUUUCCUCCUCUAAUCUCUUCCCCUACAACCCGCUCAAAUUAUGCAGAACAAUGCAAGUGCCAUAGGAAUGCUUGAGAAAUUAGUAUCGUUCAUAGUUUUCAGUUUCAUCGCAAUAACCACUGAGCGGUCUGCAGAGGGGACGGUGGCAGGCCACGGCGCGUCCCCCGCGCCCAGCGCCCGCGGCAGGGCCCACGGCUCUGGGGGAUGGAUGGAUGGACGGAUGGAUGGAUGGAUGGAUGGACAGAAGGAAGGAUGAGGAGAGGAGGGUCCGUGGGGCAUGGGCAGGUGCUCGCCCCGCACGGCCCUGUGGGGCUUUGCUCUCCCCGCGGGGAAAACGCCAGCGUUUUCCAGGAGCUGAGCACUGCGAGAUCCAAAAAGAGGAAAUAUCAGGAAACAAAUCUUGCUCUCUCUCUUUCUCUCUUUCUUUUCUUUUCUUUUCCUUUUAUUUUUUAACUGAGCAGCAACAACAAAACAAUUGCUCCUUCGGCAGGUGGUCUGGUUCAGUUGCACAAGAACAACACUUGAAAUAACA